AUGUCAAAUUACCCUCCUCAAUUUAAUCGAGAUCGUCACCUGGAUCUAAGAAAUAAAACUCAGACCAAUACAAAGCAGAUUAACAAUGCUCUUAAUGCCAUUCAGCACAAACGCUCAGAGUCGGAUGAAAAGAGGGAUCGAACUAAGUACACAACGGACGAAGGGGAAACAAUUUCAACAGUCGAUCGAGCAGUAAAGGAUGUUACUCCGCCAGCCUCUUUUAAACCAUCAAAUGAACAAGUCUUUUUACGCAAUGGGUUACCCAAUUGUGAAUUCAUCAAGGACCACUUUUUUCAUGAAGGUAGAUUGCAAGAAGACCAAGCUAUAAAGAUUGUGAAGCAAGCGACACAAUUGUUAACUGCCGAACCCAACUUGUUGAGCGUACCGGCACCGGUGACCAUAUGCGGUGAUGUCCAUGGACAGUAUUACGAUCUUAUGAAAUUGUUUGAAGUUGGUGGCGACCCCAAAACGACCAAGUACUUGUUCUUGGGAGAUUACGUUGAUAGGGGUUCAUUUUCCAUUGAGUGUUUGAUUUACCUAUACGCUUUGAAAAUCACAUACCCGAACUCCUUUUGGAUGUUGAGAGGUAAUCAUGAGAGUCGCCACUUGACUGAAUAUUUCACCUUUAAGAACGAAUGUGUACAUAAAUAUUCACUGAAGUUGUACGAGGAAUGUAUAACCAGUUUCAACGCAUUACCCUUAGCAGCAAUCAUGAAUGAGCAAUUCUUUUGUGUUCAUGGAGGUAUAUCACCACAAUUGACUGAUUUGGAUAGUGUGCGUAAGAUGAACAGAUUUAGGGAGCCACCUACAAAGGGAUUGAUGUGUGAUUUAUUAUGGGCAGACCCAAUUGAAGAGUACGAUGAAGAUAACAUUGACACUGAUUAUCUAAACAAUGCUGUCAGAGGGUGUUCCUAUGCAUUUACUUAUAAAGCUGCAUGCAAGUUUUUGGAUAGAACUAAAUUGUUGUCUAUUAUACGUGCUCAUGAAGCUCAAAAUGCGGGGUACAGAAUGUACAAACGGACAAAGACAAUGGGGUUCCCUAGUUUAUUAACGAUGUUUAGUGCCCCAAACUAUUUGGACAGUUAUAACAAUAAGGCGGCUGUGUUGAAAUAUGAAAACAACGUCAUGAACAUUAGACAAUUCAACGCAUCACCCCAUCCAUACUGGUUACCUCAUUUCAUGGAUGUAUUUACUUGGUCACUACCAUUUGUUGGUGAAAAGGUUACUGAUAUGUUGGUAAGCAUAUUAAAUGUUUGUACUGAGGAGGAAUUGGACGAAGAAGCACCCUUCUCGGAAGCGCAUAUUGGUCUUAGUGGCAAUACACCACCAAGUACAGUAGCAUCACCAAGAGCAAGGCCACCUCCGGUAUUUGCAGCCGAGCCUGAAGAAAUGGAGGCUGAUCUCACUUUAGAUGAAAAGAAGCUAGUCUUGAGGAAUAAGAUCAUAGCUAUUGGUAAAAUGUCGCGAAUGUUUCAAGUAUUGAGAGAAGAGCAGGAGAGUGUCGCCCACUUGAAAGCUUUGAAUCGGGGCCAGCUACCCAAGGGGUCUUUAUUGCAUGGAAAAGAGAGUAUUCAAAAUAGUAUUCUCACUUUUGAGCAAGCUAAAGCUGCUGAUCGUGUAAAUGAAGCAUUACCACCAAGCUAUGAAGACAUGAAAAGGAUGGAUGAACAAAGAGAAAAACGGAUCAAAAACCAAAUUGAAAGUCAAGAAGGAGGCAGUCCAGUGUUUCAAAAGUUUAUGCGCAAGUUGUCUCGGUAA